CGCCCUCUCCCUCACCGCUACCCAGCCGGCCUCAUCAUCACCUCCCCGUGCCGUCGUCCCUCCCACGUUGCAUCCAGCUCGCGCCCACCAACUGACCUAGCUAGCUACAGCAGGGUACAUUGUCAAUCGGCAUGGCGCGCAAGGUCCUGCUGCUGGUGGCUGCCGUAGCCGCGUGCCUCGCCGCGACGGUUCGCGCGGGGUGGCAGAGGGGCUCGGCGACGUUCUACGGCGGGGCCGACGCCUCCGGCACGAUGGGUGGCGCGUGCGGGUACGGCAACCUGUACUCGGCGGGGUACGGCGCGAGCACGGCGGCGCUGAGCUCGACGCUGUUCAACGACGGCGCGGCGUGCGGGCAGUGCUACCAGGUGCAGUGCGACCAGCAGAACAGCCGGUGGUGCAAGCCGGGCGUGGUCGUCACCGUCACCGCCACCAACCUGUGCCCGGCCGACUACUCCAAGCCCAGCAACGACGGCGGCUGGUGCAACCCGCCGCGCCAGCACCUGGACAUGUCCCAGCCGUCCUGGGAGAAGAUCGGCGUCUACAGCGGCGGCAUCGUCCCGGUCUUCUUCCAGCGGGUGUCGUGCUCCAGGAGCGGCGGGGUGCGCUUCACCGUCAACGGCAACAGGUACUUCAAGCUGGUGCUCGUCAGCAACGUGGGCGGCCCGGGCUCCGUCAGCGCCGUGCAGAUCAAGGGCUCCUACACGGCGUGGAUCACCAUGUCACGGAACUGGGGCGCCAACUGGCAGGCCAACAGCGACCUCACCGGCCAGAGCAUCUCCUUCCGGGUCACCGCCACCAACGGCCAGUUUCUUCAGUUCGACAACGUCGCCGGCUCUGGCUGGCAGCUGGGCCAGACCUUCACCAACGGCAAUAAUUUCUACUAGCGGCGGCGCAGAGCCGGCCGGUGGCAGCGCCCAUCCACGCCGCCGGCCGGCUCUCUGCACGCCCGACGAUUUGCUUUCACCUUCAUUUUUAGGGUCAUUGUUAAGGAAAUGUUAGUGACUCCAUGCUUUAGCGGCUAGGCGUAAUGCAUGCGGUUGACAUGGCUGAGGCGUGGGUUUUCAUGGGUCUCUCCGGCCGGCCUGAUCGAGCUCCUAGUGCCCGCUAUGCCGGCCGCUUUUACGAUGAAAAUGAUUGUUGCUGGGGAAAGAAACAAAAGAAAAACAAACAGUUAAAUUCUGUCUGAGUACCUUUGCCAGGACAUAGGUUAAAUAGCGUGGACCUGAUCGAUGGACGCGCAAGAAAUGGAGCUUAUUGGAAGAAGCGGCACACCACAUGCGAGUUUACUGUUGACAUUUAAAAAAAUAUAAUAUAUGAAAUGGACAUGCAAGAUUUUGACUA